GAAAAGAAAAUAAGUUCAUGUUUUUUCAAAAAUUAUCUCCUAAUUCAUUUUAAUCACGAUGACAUAAGUAUAUAAUUUGUAUUUUGUGAGCCAACCUAAGAAAGAGACAACAUAAAAUAAGUCGGCUAACAAUGACACCACUAAAAAAAAAACCUCCCAAAUCCAAUAAAGCAAAGACCAGACCAAACAACAAAAUAAAAGUCGGUCAAACCUGCAACAAUCUAAUCUUCUCUUCUGCUGUGAUCACCCGCCACUUUCCGUUUCAACUCCGACAACCUUCGAACCCAAUUCCUCUUCCCCAAAUUCAAAACUUGGACAGUUUCAAUCUUUUCUACGUAGAAGAAAUUGGGGUUUUUUAUGCUCUGGGCAAUAUAAUGCCGCGUGUAGUGAGGUGAAGAACCUCCUAAGCUAUGUGCAAAUCAAAGAAGAAGCUUACCGGAGCAGCGGUCCAGCCUUCGCCGAAGAAGAAGACUCCUUCGAUCUCUCGGAACUCUUCCUCGCCGGCGCCGCCCGCCGGAAAGCCGCCGCCGUUCGAUCCCUCCUUGUCGACGAGUGGCCAAAUCAUAAGCUCCACCGCUUCGACCUCGAGCUUUUACAUAAACUACAACAAGGAUUCACAGUCGUGGAGAUCUUCGCGAUCGAGCAAGAGAGAUUCCCUCUCCAGUCUCCGGGAGGCUCUCCCGGAGCAGACUCUCAUCUAUGAUUUCGCCGAAAUUCGCUCCGCUACGGAUAACUUCUUACAGACGCCUUUAUCCUCUUCCUCCACAUCCACCACGUGGCGCUGCGUGGUCCGCGGCCAGAAUGUCGUCAUUAUCCAGCGGAAAUUCCGCCGCCCGAUUGAAACGCCGGAGCUCAUCGAGCGAGUGGCGAUGAUAUGCAGAAGCCAUCACUCCAGCUUAAUUCCGCUCAAAGGAGUCACGAUUUCCGGGAAUUAUAUUUAUUUAGUCUACGAGUAUAUCCACGGAGCUAAUCUUCAUAACGUUCUCAGAAACCCCCGAAACCCUAAUUUCACGGUGCUCUCGAAUUGGAUGCAGAGACUUCAGAUUGUUUCCGAUAUUGCUUCCGGACUCGAUUAUAUCCACAAUUCUACCGGUCUAGGUUUCGACUUCAUCCACAACCACAUCAAGAGCUCGAGCAUUAUUGUCACGGAGCCUUCCUUGAGCGCCAGAAUCUGCCACUUCGGCGCGGCGGAGCUUUGCGGUGAGAUCGCGAAGAGGAGCGUGGAAUCCGAACUCGAAAUUGAGCCGAAUAGCGUGAGCUUGAAGCGAUCGAACAGCAAAGCGAUGAAGUUCGAAGGUACGAGAGGGUAUAUGGCGCCGGAAUUUCAGUCCACGGGAGCCGUGUCGCAGAAAUCCGACGUGUACGCCUUCGGCGUUGUGGUGCUGGAGCUUUUGUCGGGGUCGGAGGCGUUGAAGUACAUUGUUGAUGAGGAGACGGGAGGCUACGUGAGAAUCUCGGUGAUCGAGACGGCGAGAGCGGCGGUGGACGACGGCGGGGUGAGAGGGUGGGUGGAUCGGCGGCUGAGGGAUUCGUAUCCGGUGGAUGUGGCGGAGAAAUUGGUGCGAUUGGCGCUGGAAUGCUUGGAUGAUGACCCGAAUGUCAGGCCGGAUAUGGGUCAUGUUGCGGUUCGGGUCUCUCAGAUGUAUUUGGAUUCCCAGACUUGGGCCGACAAGAUUGGGCUUCUCACUGACUUCACCGUUUCCCUUGGACCUCGGUGACUAUAUUUUUUCCCAAUUUGACUGUAUUCUUUCCAGUAAAUAGUUAAUAAAAACUGCAAUACCAUUUCCAGUUGUAAAUAAAGCAAUAAAUAUUAAGAAAGCCUCUCUUCACUUUGCAAAAA